AAAAAAUGGUUCAAGUUCAUGAGGAUUUUGAAAAAUAUAGGAAUUUAGUGCCCUCUCUUCGCAUUAUCGCUGGCACUUAUGAGGGUAUUCUUUACGGAAUUGAUGUGAUAUUGUCUUUGAAAGAUGAUAUGAAAAUAAAUAUUCAUUUUAACCCGGUUUGGAUGUUUGAGUCUAAUCAUGGUUGCAUUCAUACAAUUGCUAUAGGUGGACGAUAUCUUGUAUGUGGAGGUGUAGACGAAGUAAUUAAAUUAUAUGAUUUAAGAAAAAAAAAAGAUAUUGGAUCUCUUCAUCACCAAUCAGGGACGAUUACCGGCCUUGUGUUUUCUUCAUUCACUUCUCCUAAGUUUCUUAUAUCUGUUUCUGAUGAUGGUACAAUGGCUUUUUUUCGUACUAAAGACUGGUUGCCUCUUAGUACAAUAAAAACUCAUCACGGCCGCAUAAACUCUAUUUCUAUUCAUCCAAGUGGGAAGAUUGCUCUUACAGUUGGAUCAGAUAAGAACAUUCGAUUAUGGAAUAUGAUGACUGGAAAAAAAGCAGGAAGAUAUAAUUUAAAUAAAAAUGAGGCAUUUUAUGUUCAAUGGAAUACAUUGGGCACUCAGUAUGCUGUACUAUUGAAUAAAGAAGUAAUGGUGUAUGAUAUGUCUGCAACGCUUGUAUAUUGUUUUUCGUCACUAACUCGAUUUAAUUCUAUGCAUUAUACUAUAUCAAAAAAAAACCAUGAAAUACUGGUUUUGGGUUCUCAAAAUGGAUGUUUACAAAUAUAUGAUUCUAGUAAUGGAAAACUAAUUGUAAGUUUUGUUGCACAUGAAAAUAGGUAAAUAUUUUGUGAUAGAUUAAAGUUUAUUUGUUAUUAUUUAAAUAGAAUCAAGGCUAUUACAUCUUAUACGUAUCAACUUGUUAAUGUAUCUUUUUUGAUUCUUAUAACUGCAUCAUCAAAUGGUUCAAUAAAACUGUGGGCUGAAUAUCAGGAAUUUUCCUUCUAUCAAAUAGGAGAAUAUAAUUGUGGAGAGAGUAGAAUUACA